GGGGCCGGGGCCGGGCUGCGCCUGAGGGGGGCCGCUCCCCCAGCCCCGCCGCGCUCCGCCCCGGGGGUGGCGGCGGCGAAGGGCGCCUGGAAGCGUCCGCUGCCGGUGGCAGCCGGCUGCAGCGGCGGCCGGAGGGGUAAACAAGCAUUGGAUCCAAAAGAUGUUGCUCCGAGUGUCAGCGAACUCUAAUUUUGGCAGAACUGCAUGAAUUGUACAGCUAGCAACUCUCUGCUGAACAUACUGAACUUUGAGUCUCCAGAAGAGCGUGCCAGUAACAAGUUUGGCCAAAGGUGACUUUUUAUACAACCAGAAAUUUUAGUGAAGGAGCCAUAAAGAAAGAGAAGCCUGAAAAGACUGACACUGUGAGAACAGGAGCACAAGGGGAAAAAAGGGUUUGAAAGGUGAGAGUGUAUUUUUAGAGAAUGUUCUAUUUUCUUAAGAUUUGCUAGACUAUUCCAUACCAAGUAAAAUCCAGGAAAGGAGAUGCUACUGUUUUUUUUUUGUUUGUUUUGUUUUUUUUUUAAAAAAAAAGGUUUGAGGAAACAGGAGGCGACAAACUUGAAACAAUACUGAGUAGUUCUACAUUUGUGUGUUACUGCAGGAAAAAAAAAAAAGCAACAUGACAAUUCUGUGUGUAAGGCAUAGAUGAAGGAGUCUGUUAUGAUAAAGAGGUUGGACUAGAGACAUCCUGGGGUCCUUUCAGGCUUGAUUAUUCUAAGAUUCUGUGGACCUGGGGUGAAAUCUGAGAGCUGAGGCUUGGUUGCUUAAAAUUCUGCAUGUGCUUUUUAUUUGUGUGUUUGCUUUCUCAUUGUUCUAUGCUGCAACACCACAAAUUAAUGUCUUUAUGCUCUGAAGUAUGCCUUCCAGUUGGCUGGAAGGUUCAAAGCUAGAAACACUUUUUCUGCCUUUCUGUCCACCCCUUUUUACAUAUCAGUUUUUCAUUGUUGUUAUCUUUAGGGCAGUGGUUUAGGAUUUUUGUAUGCAAGUAACAGUAGUAUGUGGAAGCUUUAAUUUGGUAGUGUGUUUGUAUUGCACACGAGACUGUCACUGGUAAUUAAUCAUGUUACACACCUCCAUAUUAAAAAAACAAAACAAAAACAAAACACAACAAAACUUUGGUAUGCUCAACAUAGCAACUCAAAUGCUCGAUCUCUGAAAACAUCACUCUGCUUCCAUUGCUAAUUGAGUAUCUUCUUACUCAAAUACUUUAAAAAUAGAUAUUUUAAAUGUUUGUGUGAACAUUUUGUUCCUUGAAUUUUCUGGAGUUUUCUGUGACAAAUCAUGUCGGUUGUUUAGUAGAUCUGUUUUCUACAGGACAAGGUUUCCAGAAAGUGGUGACAGCUUCAGCUUGAAUUUUUAUAGCAAUGGAAGUAGUCUUGUAAUGUCUUUUAAAUGGCACCCUUAUGCUAAUCUGUAGGGGAGCUUUGUUAAGGUAAGAAUUAGAUCUGAAUGAUCAGCUUCUGGUUGUGUCCUUGGAGACAAAAGAUAAUGUGAAUCUGUCUUCUUGGCAGUGCAUAUAAAGAAAACCCUAGAAUACAAACCAUUUGAAGAGACAAGUACAGAACUAACGUGUUCUAAAUGUGUGCAUCAGUUAGAUGCGUGUCAUCAAUAUGCAAUGUUUUUUAAAUAUAUCAUUCUAACAGCCAAGAUUUCUUAUUAGCCACAUGUGGAUUCUUGGUGACUGGUUGUUUAUUGUUAGCAUUUCAAAGACUGACAUCCAAUUUCCCAGGACUCGAAAUGUAAAAUAAGUGUCGUCUAAAUUGUCCCAUAUUGAUAAUUACCUAGAAAAAAACGUGGUGAUGAACAAAAAGUUCAAGAGAGAAAAAAGAAAGCUAAGCUCAAGAGGAGAGAAGAGAGGCAGAUAGAUGGAGAUGAAAAUCAUCCCCAAAAGCAGAAGGUACCAGCUGAAGAACAGCAGUGGCCAGAAAAUAUGCCUGAAUGGGAAGAAAGGAAAUCCCUGCUAGCUCAGAGAAGAGUGGAGUCUGUCAGACUGCUUACAGUCCUGUUAAACCGUGUGAAAGAUUUUGUACAGUUGGCAAGUCAAAAAGUGGAUCCUUCACUGGGCGUAAGGAAGGACGAUUCCUUUUCUGAAAGAGCAUUAAAAGACGUUCAUCAGGAACAGAUUAACUCUCGUUGUAAUACGCAAAAAGAGUUGAAGCAUAAGGAGGAGUUUAAGUGUCAAUUAACCCAAAAAAGCAGCAGCUUAUCUAGUGAGGAAGGAGAUGUGACUAAGUUCCAUGCGUCUACUUCUCAUAUAGUCAGGACAAUUUUAAAUGACCCCAGUACAGCCCUGAGUUCUGACAGAUUGACUGGCAGAGAUGUGCACAACUCCUUUGGCUGUGGAUCUUUGCUGAUUACAGUUACCCAAGACUGCAAGGUCAUCAAAUCUCUGGAUGGAAGGGACUGCCCAACAUUGAAUGUAGUUCACACGCAGACAGUGUCUGAGGAUGGUUGCAGAAAGCAAAAGGUUUAUGAGACUGAUGAAUUCAUUAAUUAUUUAUUAAAUUACUACCAGACACCAAGCUAUGCACGUGUUUGCUUAGAGCCAAAAAAUUCUGCAAACAAGUCCUGGUGGAAGAGAGUGGUGUCUGAUGAUGAUAGUGGUUUCCACAUCAGCUUGAGUAACAAACACGGCCAGCAUUUCAGAGAAGUGAGUCUUGUACAAAACCUCAACAAGAGAAAUUUUAUUAGUGAUGAUAAUUAUAGACUGGUGAUCACAGUUGGGAAAUUGGAAUCAACAGACACAGUGUUGAAAAACAAGGCCUAUGCAAGUCAGCUAGCAAAAAAGUUGCAAGUACAGAGGAAUGAGACACUCUCUGUUGAUUGCUUACCAUAUGCUGGACUGAAUCAUUCUUUGGAUUGCACUACCGUUACUCAUGAUAAGGAGCUCAAUCAAGAAGAUGGUAGAAAUGAAGUUACCAUACCAUACAAAAUAUGUAGAUCCGCUUGCAAAUUAAAGGAUUUGUUGGAAGAGAUCAGUGAUUCCGAGUACUUUAGUGAGGCGUGUGGCGGUGCAAUGAAGAGAACAGAAAGAAGGUGUGAAGAAAUGUACAGCAAUUAUGAUAAAGGGUGCUUGCCUACAAGAAAGAGGGAGAGAAAAUUACUGGUUUAUCUUAAAAAUGUAACUCUGGAAGGUCAAGAAAAGGAAAGCAGGAAAUGUGACUUCUGUUCUAAUUCCGCCCUUGAGGGCUUGGCAAGGCAGUGUGAACAGAAGCUUAAAAAGUCAUGCAAGAGGUCUAGUAGUAAGUUAAGACAUGAAGGACAGAAAAGUGAGAGACAAUCCAGGGAAGAGGAGAGAAAUACUCGCAAAAUGAAGAAAAAGAGAAAAAAGCUUUCUUCUAAUCUUUUAUCUGAUGAGUGUGGCUUUUCAGAGGUGGACAGUUGCAUACAGCUGGAGUCACUUAGAAAGAUACAAAGAAAAUGUAAUAAAGCAUUCCACAACAAAGUGAAAUUCAAGACUCUUCACACGGCUGUGGCAGCACCAGACAUUACCACUUCUGAUGGCUCGCCACUUCAAGAGACUCUCCAGAGCCCAGGAGAUGAGAGGAAAUUAAUGUUGAGAAGAGAGAUGGAUGCAGAUGUCAGAGGAUGCCCUCUCUUUCCUCUUGAGAUAAUUCAGACAAACCCCUGCUCAGAUUCUUUCUGUGGAGCAGAGCCCAGAAGAGGAUGCUGAACAGCUACUAAUAUAAUAGCUCUUAAGCUUCUGUGUAGAAGUGGGAGAAGAAAGCCCUUUAGUCGUUAAAAGUUAUUGGAAAUACUGGGGCUUUUUUUGCUUAGAUAAUUCCUUCAGUCCGAAUAAUCUAAGUGGUGUAGUUAGCCACAAAACCAGAAUUUUUAUUUGCUUUUUGGAUAAGAGGACCAAAAUUUUCCCUAGGGCCAAACAAACUUGUAUGGACCAGUUGCUAAGAAUUCGAAGGUUUACAGAUUGAGAUCUCAGACUUAGUCUGAUUAAAGGUAGGCAGCCACGUAAAUGUCAAAGUUACAGUAUUUAGUAGUAACGAGUCUGUGGAAAACAAACAAACAAACAAAACCCCACAUGGAGAUAUGUAAAUCUUAGAGCAAACAUACAAAGUGCCUCCUCAAUCAGAUUGUUAAAACGAUGGGACUGGAAGGAGUGGGGGACCUGUGUUCUCAGUUGUGGGGAAUAACAGCUUCCCAAAUAUGAAAAUAUCCUAUCUUCUGAAAGUGUUUCUGAAAACUUGUCUUUAGGAGAAGGGAUUUCACAAAGCUUUUGUUAAAUAUAGUGCUUCGGAAAUCUGAAUGAUGAUCUAAGCAGAGCUCUGAAUGUUGGACAGUAAAAGGACAACGAUUGUCAGCAUGCUGACAGCUCACACACGUGCAGGCUGAAAAUUUGUUCACAAGAUUUCAAAACCUUGCCCUUUUGAAGGCACAUGCAGUGAGACAGCUAUUUAGUACAAGUUAGCUUACAGAAAAUUCCAGAGGAAUUGUCUAAUGUUGUUAAAUUUCUGCUGCAUGGAGGUAAAAAUGUGAAAACGCAGUCUAGGAGCUUGAGUUAUAUCCAUAUUUACUCAGCUGGCUAUAUUUAGAAGACAGACACAAUUGCUCUUGGACAAAGUCCCUUAGCAAGAUAUAGAGGAUCGGUUCUAAGUACAAUACACUGAUUAUUUCAGCUUUCAUUUUAGUAUGCUUAAUUUAUUACAUGUCAAUAUACUAAAUUAAUGUGAUGAUGUUGCCUUUCUUUUAUAGCAUCUUACCCAUGUUUGUAACUUCUGCUCUAAUAAAUUGUAAUUAAAAAAAAAAA